UUCAAUUUUUCAGUACCGUCGGACGCAUUUUGUUCACGUUCCCGUUGCGGUUGUGGUUGAUUUGGAUUCAAUCAGACAAGAAGCAAGAAAAUCUAAAUCUUUAAAAACUUCUUCUUAAGAAACAUUUUUCCAUCUUCCAUAAUUAUUCCGUAGACAACUUAACUUAUAUUUCGUGUAUUUUGCUAAAAAAAAGUAUUCUCAGAGUUUGUUGUCUUUUGUGAAAUAUUUUAAAACAAAUUGUUUAUUCAGAAAAAUUGUGUUGGAGAAUUUUAUUUUUUCAUCGGUCUGGACUCGGAAUUGGAAUUAUUUAUCUCGUAUCUAUUCAUCUAUUAUUGCACACUCCACCCUUGUUGGGGGUAUCAUCUACCAUCCACCAUCUAUAUCUAUCUAUUUAGUAUUUCGUGUGUUCUUCGUUUUCGUUGCUUGUGCUUAUUGCUUUUUUUUCGUCUUUCGUCUCGUGUCUCGGUCUUCGUCUCUUCUUCUUUUCGGUGGGAAGGAAUUUAUUGUUCUUUCCGUAUGUUUUUUUUUUUAAGAAAAUUUAACAAAAUACGGUUGUAAUUUUAUAUCAUCAAGUCAAGCUGAAGAACAGUGAUUUUCGUGUGGAUGUGAAUAGUUUAAACAAAAAGAAAAAUAAAUAAAUUAAAAUACCUAUAGUGGGAAAAUCAUUGCCCCUUGUCGUCGUCUCUAUCGGUUUGGUUGUGUGAAUUCUAAAUUAUCAAUUGUGUCUUUUCGUUCCCUUUGAAUCUUGGAUCACAUCGAAACUGGAAGUUUACGCAUUUUAUUUUAUCUCACGGUGUUUUGUAGACCGAAGCGGUUGCAGGUGGAAAACAAUUUAAUUGGACUUUGAACCUAUGACUUUAUUGUGGUAACAAAUGAUUGACUGAACUUCAAGCUUCAUCAAAGAUAGUUCUACGACGUAAUAUUAAAACAAACUUACAAGGACCAAAUUUAUAACAAAAACAACAACAAAAAAAACAAUCACAAUGAUGAAUUAAAACCAGGACACAAUCGGCUUACACGAGAGAGGAGAGUGAGAAAACCUCUUCAAUAUUGAAGCUUAGGAGACUUAGAAGCCAUCACAAGGCCAGAUCCUGUUGACAAGGCUUGACAAUCUGCAUGUUGUGCCGGACAACCAUCAGAAGAACAUCACACUCUCGAAACAAUGACUGAAAGAUUACGUUCGAUAAAUAUCGGUGGAGGUAGUUCAGGUGGUGGUAGCGGAGGCGGUGUUGGUGGUUCAAGUACAUCUUCUGGUGGAGGAAACUCUGGCUAUACGAUAAUUGGAGCACCAACCCUUAUUUCAAGUACUUUUACCGGGGCUACAGCAACACCAGGUUUGACGGCAAUUGGCAGUAAUGCUGGAGGCAGUGUUGUUGGAUUAAUUGGUGGUGGCGGUAUUGGCACCUUAGGCGGAUAUCAUCUAAAUGCUCCAUCAACUAAUGGUGGUGGAACUAGCAACAGCAACAACAAUAAUAGCGGUAGUGACACAGAACCAGACUUGUUGCCAGUUAUGGCACAAUUGAAUUUCCAUUUGAUGCAGGACCUUGGCAAUGCAUCAUCAUCAUCGGCAGUGGAUUGUAACUCAAUUAUGAAUACAUCACAAAUUUCGACAGCUUCUAAUGAUUCAAUAGCAAUGGGAGUACAGCGUCAUCCAUCGGCUGCGUCUUCUACGGGAAAGCAUUUAGGAGCUAAGAAGCCCUCAACUAGUACAUCCUGUCGUUUUCCAAAACUCGAAGAAUGUGCUCACUUCCACUAUGAACGUGUCCAAUUGGGACCGCUCUCUGUACGUCUGGUCGAUGACAAGUCAGAAAUACUCAACAGCAGCAUUGCAUCACAGUCAUUGGGUGGCGAUGUGCAAGCAUCACAAAAUUAUUCCUUGCGUUCAUUCAGCCCGUCGAUAUGUUGGUUUAUUGUAAAGGUGAUUCCGAAUCGUUCGGAUCCGUUCCUGGUGAAGCGUUCCUUUGACAAUAUGAAACUACUCGAUGAGAUGUUGCAUCGAUGUGUGUAUGACAGGAAGAUAAGCGGCCUCAAGGAUUUGUCCGAGAUGGAUUUUAAAUCGGAGGAGGAUGUGGAAUAUGCGGUGGCUGUGUAUUUGGAGCGUUUUUCGAAAAUUGCUUCGGACUCACUCACUUGUGGGACUAUCCUGACAUGGCUGCAAUUGGACAAUAAGGGCAGGAGAUUGCCCCUGGCAGAUACCGAUACCAUGAAGUGUAUAAAUACUCCAGCGGUUGGAGCUGCUUAUGGUGUCAGAAGGUAUACGGCUCAAGCCUCCGACGAGAUAUCUAUCGAAGUUGGUGACAUGAUUUCGGUGAUCGAUAUGCCCAGCCCGGCCGAGUCGAUCUGGUGGCGAGGAAAGAAGUCACAUUUGCAAAAAUCCCACUAUGAAGUUGGUUUCUUCCCCCAGAGCUGUGUUGCAACAAUAGGCGAUAAGGUUCCUCGGCAUUUACCGCUUCCAGCACCUCUCGUUGGUCAACUGGAUGUUUCACCCACAAAGCCUGUGCUGCGAAAGCAUGGAAAGCUCAUAGCCUUCUUUCGGUCGUUCAUUUUAUCACGACCUUCUCGACGUCGCCUGAAACAGAGCGGCAUCUAUCGCGAACGAGUUUUCUCCUGCGAUCUAAGUGAGCACCUGCUCAACAGUGGCCAAGAGAUCCCCAUGGUUCUGAAGUGCUGUGCCGAAUUCAUAGAAGAGAACGGCAUCGUCGAUGGUAUCUACAGACUGUCAGGCAUCACAUCGAAUAUACAAAAACUUCGUCGUUCAUUCGACGAAGAACAAAUUCCAGAUUUCUCAAACCCUGAAAUACGUCAGGACAUUCAUGCUGUGAGCUCAUUGCUUAAGAUGUACUUUAGGGAGUUGCCGAACCCGCUGUGUACGUAUCAGUUGUAUGAUAAUUUUGUCGAGGCAAUUCAAGCGAAGAGUGAAUCAAACGAGAGGCUAAAGCUGAUGAAGGAGACAGUUCUGAAGUUGCCCCCGCCACACUACAGAACGUUGAAAUAUUUGGCGACACAUCUAAAUAAAAUUUCGCAGCACUCCGCUCGGACCGGAAUGACUGAUAAGAAUCUUGCAAUAGUCUGGGCACCAAAUUUACUUCGGUCGCCUGCCCUCGAAUCGGGAGGUGUGGCCGCCUUACGUGGCGUCGGUGUGCAAGCCGUGGUCACCGAGUACCUGAUCCGUAAUUGCCAUUUGAUCUUCGAUCCAAGCGAUGAGGAUUUUCGGUUGAGCUACGCUGGGAAUCCGGCCAGUGCUGCAGCUGAACAACGGAUGGACUCACUUACAGAUUGUGAGAGUUUACUGGUCGAACAACGGGAACACGAUCAGUCUUUGUGUUUUAUCGAACGACCAAAGUCGCUUAGUGCAAGUGGACCAAAACUGAUAAGCCUAGAAGAAGCUCAGACGCGUCACUAUCGACUGGAUAGCUGUGAGAUGAACAAAUCAAUGCCAAUCAACGUGAUUAGCAAUUCGGCAAAUAUCGGUUCAUAUAUCGAGGUUGGUGGAGGGCCUUCGUCACUGCCUGAUAAAUAUCACACAGUUCUACCGGUGCCUCGUAGUUGGCAAAAGCGGAAAACCCACUCGUGGAAAUCGAUAUUCACGAGAAAUCCCCGAAAUUCGAGCAGCAAUAAUGAUGUCAAGGGAUUGAAUACAUCCGCAACCACACCUGCGCACAAGGCCAACACAACAGCUCAAGUCACCUUCGCCGACGAACAGGCUGGCGGAGAGGGUGGCCUGCAUAUGAAGAGCACAAAGCAGGACAAACCCAAAUCGAUUGAUCUAUUCGAAGUGGGUAAGCCUAUGGAUAUCUGUGUAAGGACUAGUUCGGUAGACAGUCUUCGAACCACUGGUCAUUCCCGAUCGGUUUCGCAUGACUCCUACUUUGAUCUUCUGCAAUCACCCCAGCGUGGUGUUACCACCUGCCCAUCCCGAGAACUCUCCGAACUCGGUCUGAACUUUGAUAGAGAAGAGCCCGAAAUGCGAAUCUUCUCGGACAGCGAGAGCCUGGUCGCGAGUCCGAAAGUAGGAAAGGAAAACAUUCCUCCUUCGAGGAGAGUACUACGAGCUCGUCCCGAGGAGUUCUCUAGCACAACAAAUUCCGUAAAUCCCAGCCCCAAGAAACAACCAAGACUAAACCUUCUCUCACCUAGCAGUGCGGCUGCCCCUCAAUCAUGGGGUCCCAAUGCACCGACGGCUCAAACUCCUUGUUCCAGCGGUGGAAGUGGUGAUCACAACGAUGAGAGCUGCUGCAAGCGCUACAAACUAGAAGACCAACUCUCAGACAUUCAGUUCAUCGACUGUAGCACCCCGGAGCACACAAUCAGCAAUCCGAACACAAUGUACACCAGCGUUCAGGUUCACAGUCCCCCCAAACCGUCGGUUUCAAAGACUUCCCUGGAUUCGGAGGGAGGUUCGAAGACAAAUAACACAACAUUUGGUUCAAUCUUCGAAAACAAAGAAAAGAAUGGCGGCGAAAGCUCACACAUCAUUACACGCUACAGCUAUCCAACGGUGCAGGUAGGUGCCAAACGGAAGGACGACACUGCGCUGAAGGAACGCUUCAGCUACCCUGGCUCGGGCAACAGUGGCAAAUACGUUUGUCGGCUGGUCUCAAAAGAUGUCAAGAUGAACGUUCAAGAUGAGCAAAAGAAGUCAGCAGCUGUUGCACAGCAGCAACAACACUCAACAACUAAUGACGAGUUGCAGACACAAAGAGUAACAUUUUCACAACAACAACAACAAUAUCAAAAGCAUAAUCCACCAAAAACCAACAAACUUCUACCAGAUUUGCUGAAGCCCAAAAAUCGCUACAGCUACUGUGAUCCUCUGCAAGAUUCAAAUAAUUCAAUAAAUUUUCUAUUGCGAAGCAAUUCAGCUGACAUUAAUAAGGAUAAACUAUCAACCGGGUCGAGCAAUGAAAUGGAACGUUCAAAGAUAAGCGUAACACCCUCGUCACCUAUCCAGAGUCCACGCUACUCGCUGUUGGUGGGUGAAACUAGUUCGGAAAAUAGCAGCGCCGUUACUACACCAAUUUAUGAAUUGGAUCCAAUUGCAAUGAUGGCAGCUUCACAAACAUCGUCGCAAUAUGAUGAGACCAAAGGAUUUGCAGGCUGCUGUCGUGCAUCAGUCGAUAGCAUUUGCAGCAAUCUAACAUCACAUACUGAAAAACGUGAUAUGAACGCACUCAAGCGGGAACUCUCCCUUGACCUUGAUCCGGCUAACGUUUGCUCGAAAAUGUCUGUAGAUCUCACUGACAGCACCAGACAACCACAGUCAUUGCAUCUAAUGCCAUCGCCCAAUACUCACACAGAAGACAACACUAGUCAGUCGGUGACUCCCAGCGAGUUCGGCUAUCAGCACCUUAACCGGCAAUCAAAUCUCGUCUCCCUGGAGAGUUCACCGAACUUCGAUGAGUACGACAAUAUGGAAAGGUCUUUCCUAAGCUAUGACAAGUCAGCCAUCACACCAAGCAAUAGCACAGCCCCCUUGAUGGGUCAGAGCCCAACUAAUUCGGCUAAAAAACUGCUUCCACUUAGUCCUAUCAAAGCCACAAUCAACAUCACAUACAACUUGAAAAGUCCUCGUGAUGGUCCUAUGUUGCCCGAACCCGAAACUCCCAGAAAAUCACUUUUGGAGACGAGUUUUGAUGAGAACAUCGUCUACGAGCAGGUCAAGUUCUUUCGGAACUCUGUCACUGAAGUAAAUCAGCUUCUAAGCAAUGGAAACCCUUUGUACGACAUCGAGAAGGAGCCCCUGCAUGAGGAAGGCACAGAUGAAGAUCAAACCCCAUCACCGAUCCGGGAGGUGAAUAGCAAUCUGAUAGUUCUAAGCGAUGAAGAGGAAGAUAAUCAAGAAUUUCCAAAUCUUUCGGACGACAUUCAAAUGUCGGACAAUAUCGACAGCCUUGAGUGUGAUCCAAGUCUAUCGCUCUAUGAAAAUGUUGAAUUAAGAAAACCCCCCACGGUCUAUGAGAACAUGGAAGGGGGUUCCAUGAAAUCGGGAACUGGUCUGGAAAAGCUUCAUCUCGAUCGCGAUCGCAGUUCGAAUUCAUCAGAUCCACGUCGAUCGCCAUCGAAUUUCAGCGUCAAGCAGUUGGCAACAAAGUUCGAGGUUUCACCCGUGGAACAACAGCAAGCGUUUGAUUUCAAUGUGAGAGUCGCGAAAAAAUCCGAUAUUCCUCCAACCAAGAACUGCCCUCCCCAGCCACCUGUAAAACCAUCACACAACUCCUCCUCUAAGCAGCAGUUGAAUAAAACCAAUCAAAUAACACGAAGUCUCGAUGAGAAUGCUUUUGUUAGAGAAUUCGGGCCGAAACGUCUUGAGGACAUUGCCAGGAGUGUUCAUCAAAUGGAUAAGAUUGAGGAAGCCACACGUCGAAAAUCAUUCGACUUCACCCGACCCAAAUUCUUGAAUCCUCCCAAAAGACUGCCUGGUCUUCCAAUAAACGAAGAAGUCUGCCAAAAGAACUCACUGAAGCUGGAUCUAAAUAAUGACGUAGAGUCACCAUCGCCGACUAGUGAAACCGAGGUGAAGAUCACUCCAACAACUGAGAAUCGAAUUUCUCUAAUUCAAAACAAUGUCGCAGCAGAAGACCCAAACAAUCCAGGCUCCCUUACAACCCCCCUUAAAGUUCUGAGCGGCGUGAAAUUGGAUCGUGAAAGAAUCGACCGAAUCAAAGAGGAACGUCGCCAUCAAUUGAAAGAGAAAUAUAGAGCUGAUUCGUUCAAAUCCAAAUCAAAAACCGAAUUGCGGGAGUUCCAAAAAGACGAGGAUAAAUUCACAUCGGAAUCACUGCGAGUGAAGUCAAAGUCACGUGGGGAUGUUCGAACGACUUUCUUUCAAAAAGACCUAGAUGAUAAUUUAAAGGAUGCAAAUUUUCAAACAAGUGUUAGUGGUGGUGGCGGUGUCGGCAGUUGCACUGGAAGAGUGAGGAGUAUCAGUGAUGAAAAGAACCAAAACAAUUGUGACCCCGAGAACUUAGUAAAUAUAGAUAAGAAUGGAGCCGCCGCCGAUUCCACAGAGUUCUCAGCUAGAGCCACAGUUCAGAAGUUCGAACGGAAAAGUCUGGAUUAUGCAAGAGAGCGGGAUGCAACUAGUUUAACUCCUGCAGCUGGAUCGAUUGCUGUUGAUGGAAAUCUCCGUAGUGGAAGUGCCACGACCAAUGCGCCAGCAGCGAUGCUGGUGAAAAAUAGUAUUAGUUCGACGAGAGACAAGAUAUCACCAAAAUUUUCAAUACGUGACGUAACAGCUAUGUUUGAAUCUCGUUCACAAAAUCAACAAUAAAUAAAACAAAAUUUUAAAUAUUAAUGCAACAAAAUAUAUAUAUAUAUAAAAACAUAAUUAAAUAAAUAAUAAUGUAACAAAAUAAUAAAUGAUAAAAGUUUUAACUUAUUUGUGUUUGGUUCUUAUGCUUAACACAAUAAAACAUCCAAUAAUGAGACUAUUCAAUAAAACAAAAUUAAAAACAAAUAAAAGAAACAAUAAAUUUUAAAAUUUUUACAAAAAAAAAUAAAACACAGAAUAUUGAAAGGUGUAACAAAUCUACAUAAACAUAUAUAUAACCUAUUUCUUUAUAUAAAAAACUUAUAUAAUAAAAUUUAUUAUUAAUAUAAUGAAAAAUAAAACUUAACAUAAUCCAAAGAGUUGUACACAUUUAUAUAAAGGAUAUUAACAUUUAACAUUUAAAAAUAACAACAACAAAUACAAAAACAAAAAUUGCAUUCAUUAAUAAAAUUAAAUUUAGGUUAAAAAACAAUAACAAUAAAAAAAUACUCAAUGGAAUGAUAUUGACAAAAAAAAAAAAACAAAUAAUAUUUCAAAAAUUAUUAAACAAAAAACCACUAAUUUAAAAAAAGUCUUUCUCUCUUUCUAUAUACAUACAUACAUACUAUAAUCUACUACCUAAACAUACAUACAUACAUGAAUAUAUGGCAUUUGAAUUGUAUUUUAAAAAUACAAUUUUAUAACAUUUAUUAUUUUUUAAUAAUUACGUAAAAUAGCGAUCUAUUGAAAAGAUUAUUUCGGAAACAUAACAAUGAAAAGCUUUAAAUUAAAAAUUCAAAUUCACUCUAAGUACUCAACUCAUGCGCAUUUAUUUAAAAACCGCGCCAGGAAAACUAAAAUAAAAUUAAAAAACAUAAACAUAAACAAAUAUUCCACAUCCAUUUUUAUCUUUAAAUUUGUAUGGAUUUUUUAUAAUCGCUUGGAAAUUUUCAUUAAAAUUAAAUUUAAUUAAUCGGUAACUUGAAGUUGAAUUACUAACAAAACGUGAGAUAUGAAAACCUGGAGGAAGAAUACGUGUUGCUUGUGGGAUGCUUGUGGAAGACAAAAAUAUUAUUUUAUUUAUAUAAAACUUUGAACUUGUAUGAUAUGAUUGAAUUUAUGUGUUUUGGAAAUGAAAAGUUUGAUUAUAUUAUUUUUAAUGUAAAAAUACAAAAAAAAUAAUGCAACUAGGGAAAAUUAUAUUUGUUUGUUAAAUUAUUUUCAUUAUUUUAUCACUUAAGUUUAAGAUAAUAAUUAAUAAUAUUUUUACGAUUAGUUUAAAAAGAAAAACAAACAGAAUUUAGUGUGUAUGUUGUUUAGAGUCCCUAGACAAGGGAAAAAAACAUUUUUUUCUUUUUUUAUACAAAAUACAUAAUAAUAAACUAAGCAAGUUAUAUUAUUACUUUUAUUAUUAUUGCAAUAAUUUGUUUUAUUCUUAUUUUCUUUUUUGUUUGUCUUAAAUAUCUUGAAUUUUUAUUAUUAUUAUAAUUAUAUGAAAAAACUCGUUUUGUUAAUUUGAUAUUAUUAUUAUUAUUUUUUAAAAUGUAAUAUAUGAUUUUUAUGACACAAUGUAUAAUGAAAAUUCGGUGUUUUAAUUUUUGUUUAAAUUAGAUUUAUUUCUUCCACAUCGUCAGGAAACGGUAAGCCACCUUUCAAUUAAAUAAUUGCCAGCAUAACUAUCGCUUUUCACAUAUUUGAAAAACUUUUCAUCCAUGGCUAAAAGGUCCCAAUUAUAAUAAAACUGUCAAGAAUCAAUUGGAAGAAGAUGAGUUCUGUUGAUUCUAAUAAGAAAUGUGAUAAACGAAUUAACGAUUUAUUUUUUAAAAGAAAAACAGAAACAGAAAACUACAUAAAUUGACCAUAAAGACCUGAUUUAAUUUCUGUAUUGAUUUUAAAGGCAAUUAAUAGAUACAACUUUUAUUUGGGCUAUGGCCUAACAAUCGAUGCAUUUUGGGAAUAAAACCAAAAUUUGAUGUUGACGGUUUUCUAGAUAAAUGCAUUGUGAAAUUGUUCUAUUUUUUCGUACAAAAUUACUAUUUUCUUUUAUUAGAACUUUU